AAGUGCAUAAGAAAUUCGAUUGAUUGAAUUUUUUAGGCAGAAAAUUCAAUCAAUCGAAUUUCUUAUGCACUUUGCUUAUGAACCAAUUAAUUUGCUUAUGUACAUUCGUUAUGCGUUAUGCCAAAGUGUGUGUGGGGGCCUUAACUUCAGAACGGGGAGAAGAUAUUAUACACAAUCAUACACUUGCAUACGCUACACAACACAACGCUGAGCGGCCGAGGUCGCCAAGUGCGACGCCGGGAGGACAUUUUUAAAAGUGACAAUGAAUUAAACAGCAAAUUAAAUAAACAAUUCAGUUUGCCAUUCGGAAUAGUUUUGUGAAAGUUGAGAUUAUACCGUCAAGAAUUCAUAUAGCUAUCGGAUAAAUAAAUGUUCACUUCUGGUCGACCUUCGUACAGGUUAUGCUGGUGAUUUAUGUACUUUAAAUACCUACCUCUUGCGUUCCGUUAAAUAUUUACAAUGGUAUCGACGCGAGGACCGAAAUUCAAGUUCUCCGACGGGGAGAAAGUGUUGUGCUACGAGCCGGAUCCUACGAAAGCGAAAGUGUUGUAUGACUCGAAGGUACUAGACGUCAUCGUCAAUAAAGAUCAAAGAGGUAGAAAAGCGGUGGAAUACCUCAUACACUUUCAAGGUUGGAAUUCAUCUUGGGACCGUUGCGUGACAGAGGAAUAUGUGCUUAAAGAUACAGAAGAAAAUCGCCAGCUUCAGCGAGAUCUAGCGCAAAAAGCACAGCUUCAACUGGGUGCUUAUCUGUAUCGCCGUGAGCGUAAGAAAAGAAGUCACAAGAUGUCGGAGCGCUUAACCGAAACAGAACAUCAGGAACCUCGUCGUAGAGCGAGAAGCGGCGGCAGCCGAGCUACGUCAGCCACAACUGGAUCUUCCGAGGAUGGCAGUUCGGGUCAACACGCCGAUUACGAUACAGAAGAAAUAAACACGGAAGAAGAUACGGAGAGUAGUUCCGAUUACAUGGGCGAAACAAGUGACGACGAGGACAGUGGUGGUGGCAGCCAGUCUGGAGCCAGUAUAAAACCAGGAAUCGAUCUUGAGAUAGGUAGCACAUUAAAACGGAUUUUAGAGCAGGAUUAUGAUGUGAUAACUAAUAAAAAUAAACUUGUAGUGCUUCCCGCACAACCGACUGUGAUAAAUAUUUUGGAAUCCUGGGUACAGCACUUUACUACGACGCAAUUGACGAAUAUUCCAGAAAAGCCUCAGCGAAAUAAAGCGAAUAAUACAAUAGAGAAAACGGUGAAUGAAGUGAACAUAUGCCGAGAAGUCGCGGAUGGCUUGCGCAUAUACUUUGAUUUUACAUUAUCUCAUCUCCUCUUGUACCGGCAAGAAGGGGAGCAAUAUUGUUCCCUGAAGUCUACCUUAUUAAUUAAUGAACAAGCGACUAUUAGCCCAAAGGAGGAAACAAUAGAAAAUUUGGAAAUAUCCGCGAAAGAAGAGUUUGAAGAGACGGAAUACGCUCAUUUGCCACCCUUUCAAGAGCACGAUUCUGAGAUGGACAAUACGUCUAAGCCAUCAAACAAUUCUAAGCGAAGACUGCGAUCGUGUCGUGUAAGCUCAAUUGACGAAAGCCGACAAUUAAGGUCUUACGAUGAAGGAAAGCAAGAUGGUGGCAAUUUAUCGAGUAGCAUAGCAAGUACAAGUUCCCGUUGUUCUAGCCCGCGAGGUGUAACGCUAAGAAUGCCGCCUGUUGUUACGUCCAUUCAAGUAAAUAGUUUACUUCAACAGUCAAAUAAAUGGAGGUUAAUGCCUCAAGUCCCCAGACAAAGCGAAAUCCCAAGUCCUUCCUCUUACUAUGGUGCCAUUCAUUUAACUAGAUUAUUUGUCAAGUUACCUGAGUUAUUACAAUCCGCAGACAUAUCAAGCAAAAAGCUGAAGGUACUUUUGAAAUAUUUAGAUAUGUUUCUAAGUUAUCUGGAGAUGCAUAGAGAGUGGUUCGGCGAACAAUUUUACAUGCAAACAGAAAAUCAGACAAUAUUGCAAACUAACAACGUUUAACAACAUAUAUAGUUAAAUGUAUAAUAUACAUAAAAUUGUUUUAUAGACAUAUGUACAGGGUGUGCACUAUCGGAAAAAUUUUCGGGAAUUCUUUUUUAUCCUUGAACAUCAUAAUUUUUAUAAAAUUUUAUUGAAAUUCAAGGAAAUUUUUAAAGAAUUUUAUUAAAUUUAAAUUCUACCUGACAAAAUUAUAUAUUUUUUUAUAAUACAAAAUGUCAAUAAUCGAUGGGCAAUAAAUAUGGCAUAUAUAUUCAUAUAUGUUCACGUACAUUCUAUGUGAUUCGCAAGUAUUUAUUAAAUAGUAAUCUAAAGAUAAUUCUAAAUUGUCGUGUGUUUCGUACUUUGUUAGUGAGCAAAUAUGGACAAAUCGUAAUACUAUUUAUUUUAUAUUAUUUUUUUAAAAUACUUUCUGGAAUUUAAUAUUCAAAACUUGACUCUUCUUUACAAGAUUAAAGAACAUUAAAAUAUAUAACAAAUUUAUUUCAAAGCUGUAAUAAAAAAUUUUCUAAAUAAAUUUCAGAAAAAUGAGAAACUCA